AUGGAAAAGUAUCUGCGUUCUUGGCGACAGGACGCGUUGAAUCGCGGCCAGCAUGAAUCCGCUAUCUACAUUGGAGACAAGGUGCUGGCACUGACAAAUAGCGACUCAGAUGCCUUUUGGCUUGCCCAGGUUCACUUCUCGAACAACAACUUCACCCGCGCGCUAGCCUUGUUGUCUCGCAAAGAUCUUGUGUCCCGAAGCACCGCCUGCCGUUACCUUGCGGCGCACUGCUACAUCAAACAGAACCAAUUCGAGCAAGCCCUCUCAAUUCUUGGUGAACACAAUCCUGCGGACCUGGUUCGUAAUCCCAACAGUCGGCGGAAGAUUCAGCACCUCGACGGCCAAAACCACGUCACGUUGCGGAAUGGGAAGAGCGCGCGUAGCGAGCGAGAUGGAGAGAGAGGGGGGGACCGAGGAGGGGAGGAUCGCGAUCGAGAUGAUGCCAAUAAUGUUCGGUUCGAGGCCGCCAUGUGCUAUCUGAGAGGUCUCUGCUUCGCCAAGCAGAAUGCGUUUGACCGGGCCCGCGACUGCUACAAAGACGCGGUGCGAAUUGACGUGCAAUGUUUCGAGGCAUUUGAUCAGCUCAUGAAGAACUCCUUGAUGUCGCCGACAGAGGAGCUUGAGUUCCUUGAAUCCCUAGACUUCGACUCGGUUUCCUCCCCCGACCCUACCAUUUCCCAGGAAGCAGCACACUUCACCAAAAUGCUCUAUACAACGCGAUUGUCCAAAUACUCGUCGCCCGCAAUUCUAUCGGAUGCGACUGAGACACUUUCCACACAUUACAAUCUCUCGGAAAAUCCAGACAUACUCUUGUCGCGUGCAGAGGCACUCUACACCCAGUGUCGCUUCGCCGAAGCCCUGGAACUGACCUCCUCCAUCCUCUCCACCUCCCAGUCCGGUGAGCUGACGACGACGAACAAUUCUAGCAUGCCCGCGCACAGUAAUCUUGGCCAUGCUCCAGCGGUCUAUCCGCUCCAUCUGGCCUGUUUAUAUGAGACCGGAGCUACCAAUGCGCUUUUCCUGCUUUCCCACAUGCUUGCAGACCAUGCUCCCGAAGAACCGUAUGCCUACUUGGCCAUCGGUGUCUAUUACCUCGCCGUGUCGAAGAUCGCCGAGGCCAGACGGUUUUUCUCAAAGGCAUCCUUACUUGAUCCCCACUCGGCACCAGCAUGGAUUGGAUUCGCCCAUACCUUCGCUGCUGAGGGUGAGCAUGAUCAAGCCAUCGCGGCUUACAGUACGGCGGCGCGGCUCUUUCAAGGCAGUCAUCUGCCGCAACUAUUCUUGGGUAUGCAGCAUUUGGCCUUGAACAACAUGUCUCUCGCCCAUGAGUAUCUCUGCGCUGCGUAUGCCAUGUCGACUGGAUCGGUCCCGGGCUCUACGCCUAGCCUCCCCCCCAAUCUUGCAGCUGCACCGCUUGGUGGAGAUCCCCUCGUUUUGAAUGAGCUUGGUGUAGUCUUUUACCACCAAAACAACUUGGGCGCAGCCGUGGAGUUGUUCCGACAAGCCCUGGCGUUGGCAACUUCUCUUCACUGUGAGCCUGGCGCGUGGGUGGCUACUCGUGCUAACCUCGGGCAUGCUUUGCGACGCCUGAGCCGUCUGCAUGAGGCUCUUCGCGAAUUCGACGAGUGCCUUCGUCAUGGGGUACUCGCCCUUCUUAGGCGGUGGGCGGGUGGCUCCUCGGCCGUUGCCACGGCAUCGGGCGUUGGUGGCUACGAAGAUCGCGGUCUGGUCGGAUCACUGCAUACGUCACGAGGACUUCUCUUGCUGGAACUCGGUCGCACGACCGAAGCAGUGACCGCUCUGCAUGAGGCCGUUCGAGUAUUGGGGGCGAGCGGGGGCGGGGAUGCCGCCGGCGGGGCGGGCGUUGCUGGCACGCUCCUUUCCCGGGCACUCGAACUCUGGGCCCUUGAAGGACGCGAGAAAGAUCGUAAAAUGAUGGAGGAGGCAGCUCGAUCACAAAGUCGGAGUUCCAACCGCUCUCGUGAGGUUCGGGGUAAAGAACGACAUACGCAGGAUGACAGCUCGCGGCGUCGCGCACGUCCAGAACCUUCCGAGGAAUGGACCGACGAGGUGACCCAUGCAGCUACACCCGGUGCAACGGAGACAGAAAUCGCCGAAGAGAAUGUUGAGUCUGUUCUUGAUGAAGAGGCUGACGGACUCCUUCGCCGGGCAUUGGGUCGCGUGCGCCCCGGUCGACAGCGCCGGUCCGCUAUGCCGGCCACCCCCGACGCGGAGAUGAAUGAUACACCAGCGCGUAGUCGCAGGCAUCACCGGAGCCAGUCCCGACAGUGA